AUGUCGGAUAUUCAACCUCAGGUAGACGUAGGUCUGCUCUCGCUGCAAGGCCUAAGCUUGUUCACGCCAGUCCUUGCUACACUUUCAGCGGAUGACGUGAACCCCACUGGAAUAUUACAGAUGGAGCACAUUGGUGCUAUUUUCCCGAUCAGUGGGCAGUAUGCAGCGAGGGUUCCUGACUACCUGCAGCGUUGUGCAUCCACCCGGCUUGAUCGUCUCGGCCUUCUUGUCGGAUGGCGGAAGGAUGAUUGUGCAUCAUUUAUGGCGAAAUCAGCUGGCGGACAGGCAAUUGCACUAUUAUCAACCUGUCUCAUAAAUAUGUUUGGCAAAGAAAAGACGGGAGACAUUCUGUUUGACCUCUCACAGGAGCUUAGUAGUAGCUCGACCAGUGUGGCAAGUGGUGCACAGCUACGAGAGGUGGCCAGUUGUUUGUCUUCAAAGCUUGCCAUAAUAGGGUUUGGAAACGUGCUCGCUGCUGCGGCGAGCCGCAUACAUGGCGUUUAUGCGAUGUUACAGAAACCCAUGCCGGCUGAUACUCUGGAUGAAAUGACAACCGAGUCCGCUGUUAACUUUCUCCAUUCUCUAUCCCUGGCGCUGCCCUCGAAGGACAGACAUGUUCGCAUAUAUGGAACCCAAUCUCUGAGUUAUAUUUUUGCCUUUGUUAUGAUAAUGUUCCCCGCGGACGCGGUAGUGUCAGUUGAUAAUGAAAUUAUCUUCGAAGGUCAACGAAAGUCGAUUAUUAUUGAGUUUGGGGUUUCCGACUUUCCAACGCCGACAGAAAUCACCAUUGAGACUAUUGUAAAUGCGUCUGGCAUAGUUCACUUGCCUAUUGUUGUCACGCAGAGGGAUCCUCCGGGUUUUCCAGGGGUGUGCCAAUUCCAGUUUGGCGGGUGGCUUGCUCAAUAUCUGCGGCUUGUGUUUAUUGACCAGGAGGUGGAUAUAUCUGAAGAGCUUCUUGUCGCUUGUUGCGAAACGUUGAUUUCCCUUGCGGAAAAUAUGAAAUACUCCCGUGGGGAUCCCCCGACAGCACAGGGCAGUCUAAUAUCUCUCCUAGGGGUUCGCCCUUACGAAAGGAUGAGACGGAUUUGCCAGACGGUAUUUGAGGUUUCACCUCUAACACACCACACAGAUCUUAAGGCUGCAUUUGACAACCUUAUAAACCGCUUUAUAUCAACAUCUCGGCCCUGCUCGUGUCCGACUAUAUGCUGUGAUAUUAACCGCGCAUGGGGCUACUCACCAACGGAGCCAAAAGAUACUGCGUGGCAACCUCCAUUGCAGAAGAAUCCACUAUGCUCGUUUCGAGUUCUCUGGGGUGCCCUCGGGCGUGCCUUAGACCAUGGGCUUGCGUCCUUCUUCAUUGAUGCGGACGCCAGUGUCGUUGUCCCCUCCCCUUCCCACUCUAUUGGCGCUAUGGAUAUCAUUCAUGAACACCCCAAAAAUGAGCUUCCAAAUUUAAAUAUUGACAGCCUCCAUAAGGGUAUAAUGUCUUGUUUCUCAAGCUCUGACAAUGAGGACAUAGACAUGUCUGGCCGUUAUCUGGCCGUUUCGAACUCCAGUACUAUUUAUCCCGUUAAACGGUCGGUAUCAUACGGCCCUGCGUAG